AUCAUCUUAUCAGACUCCUUGAACACUACUAAACACUCAAUCCGCGCUAGUCUUGAUGUGUAUCAGUCUCUAAAAUCAUGCAUCUGCUACUAAAGCAAUGCCAAUACCAGAGAGAGGGCUCUCUUUCAUCCACACUGACUCACAAAACGCAGACGCUAGAUGUUCAAUCGAAUUCACUCCUCAUUUCCUAAUCAUUCUUCACAUACAUCCAUCUGUUUUCUUGCUUUUCAAAUUGAUAUUCAUUUUGCGGAAUCAAGCUCUCAUCGAAGGCCAUGCUCAGUCCGAACCGAGCAUUGGAUGAGUUGGGGCCUCACCCCCUUCGCCGGAGGAAGAGCGGGAGGGGCUCAAUCAUGUUCUGGACAUCAAAAGCCAGGAAAAAGAGUAGUUCGUCCCCCUACGACUCGCAAGAGCCCUCAUCCCCGAAAGUCACCUGCAUCGGCCAGGUGAGAGUCAAGAAGAAGGACCACCACCACCACCAUCAAAGAGAAACAUCUCUUGGCCCCCGACGCACCGGCCCUAUCAACAUUAAAGACAAAUACAGGAACAAAGACGACAUACGCAACCGCUGCCGCCACUCCUGCUGCUUCCCCAUCUCCUUGUGCGACUGUUUGGUCUUUCACCAUGUCCCGAAGAACUCUCCUCCUAUUCCUAUUGCAAUCCAUGGAAGUGGAAAAAGGAACAGUGGGCGGAAAUGGGAAUCCGGCAAUGCAGCAGCAGCUGUGGCAGCAAGUGAGCACGAGCCACCUCCUCCUCCUCCAAGAAAUGCUCUGGUGUUGAUGAGGUGCCGAUCCGAGCCUCUCAGGACCUUGCCGUCUCUUGCUAAUUCGCCCACAUCCGAAGAGCAACAAGGUAAGGAUUGUUCAUCAUCAGGUGUAGAGUUUGGUGGUUAUAAUAGUGAAUCACCAGAGGAGGUGCAGAAGAGCUUGAAAUCAGAUUGGGAGAAGGGGGAGAGAAGGAUAAUGCUGACGAGGUGCAAGUCUGAGCCGGCGCGGAGAUGUUGUCCAAGGGUGGUGGUCGGUCCUGACGAGGCCUGCUUUUGGAAGGCUACCAGAUUUGGAUUAGGGGACGAUGAGAGAUCGCCAUGGAUUUUCUUCUUCUGAUUCUUUGUUUUUCCCUUCCCUUCUCACUUGUGAGUUAUGAAAAUAUUAUAAUAAUUAAAAGCUUUUAGAAAUAA